AUGUAUAGUGAAUUUUUAGCCGCCUGCCGACUGGGGUCCAGGGAGCGACGUCUUCUAUCUAUUCAACGCUUACUUGGCAUUAUGGAAUGUUAUCCGCGCCACCCAGAAUAUCGUGCUCAUCGGGCCACUCUUCGUUACCUAGUUUCACACUUGGCUCGUGUUGCUUCACGUCAAGCAAUAAACAAGAUGACGGCUUACAAUUUGGCAUUGGUAUUUGCUCCCAAUUUAGUCCAACCUAUGGAGGAUACUCCUGAGCAAUUGAUGGCUGACACUAAGUUUAAAAUAUGGCUGGUCGAAACCCUGAUUAAAUACCAUGACUGGGUAUUCUCUCCUGAUUUGGGCCUUGAAAGUGGCUGUGAUGUGCCACCUGAUUCAGCGGAGGAUCUCUCUGCUCUAGAAGAUCUGAAUCCUCUUGGUGAUACAAGUGUCUCUGGUGGAACAGUCAUUUUAGCGCAUUGUAACCAACCUGUUGGUCGCAUUGAAGGUGAGUCUGAAAUAUAUUUUAUGUUUCCACGCUUUUUUGUUUAG